ACAUCCCUGGAUCCCAGCUUGGACCCGAAAACUCAACGUAACGAUCACAGCACUGAUUUGGAGUUGUUCGUGCUGGCUCGUGCCGACCGACAAAGACGGCAGGUGACGACGACGGACGAUGAGCGGGCCUCCUUUCGCGAUGUCGGUCUUCUCGCGAUAAAGGAAAGACAAAGAAAAACAAAGAAUAUGCCCUGUCGCGUUUUAUUCGCGGUGUGAAUCCUCCCCGCGUGCGCGAUUAAUCGUCCGCGGGCGCGCGAGACGGCCCUGUCAUUUCUGCACUCCACGUCGCGGACGCCGAGCCGAGGGAAGGACAGGGUUAUGAGGCGCCAACGGAAUCGCAGUGCUCGCGCCGUUAGACAUUAUUUUUGCAUCGUUACCGAUACCGUUCUCAGCGUGACCGGUCACCAUGGCGGAGAAGUGCAAGGGAUGCGGUUGUAAGUGCAGCACUUGCAGCCAGGAUAAUCAGCAGCACUGUGACAUGCAUUUGCAUGCGGAGAUAGAGAACUUGCGCCAACGACUACUCGAGAGAGACAAUCACAUUGUGACAAUGGAGACGCAAUUCUUAAACGAGGCCGAUAAGUUCCCAAAUGGAGAAUUAGCUUCCAUGAAGGAGGAACUGUUGAUAUGGCAGGAGAAGUAUUCACGUUUGCAUGAAGCACACAAGAGGGUUCAAAAGGUCAAUCAAAAUCUGGAGGAUAAAUUGCUGCGAAUAGUGGACAAAUGCGAGACGGAGAAAAGUGCCUUCACGAAGGACAUAGCGACUCUGUCUCACAGAUUAGCCGAUGCGAAUUAUACGAUACAUCGAUUAACUCAAGAUAAUGAAAAAUAUAGAAACGACGUUAGUUUGGCUAUUCAGUUGCUUCAAUGCAAACCUUCUAAUUUCGUGGGUCAGAAAUAUGAUUCGCUGCCUUCUGAGGUGCAGGCUAAAGUGCGAACAUACGUCGCGCAGAAGCGAUGCUCCACGCAGGAUACGACGCAGCCGGACAUAAAGAGUAUCACCGUGCCGAUAUCCACAUUUCCGCCGACAGCGAUGGUGUACAAUGUCACCAAGCCUACGGUGGAAAAGCACAGUGACGACGAUAGCGACGAUAGCAAGCCGCCGAUGGAUAUGGUGUCAGCGGCAAUUAUGGCGAAAGUGUUGGAAGAUCGCGAGAAGGAGAGAAUUUUAGCUAAACAUUGCGAUACGUGCACAUGUCACAGAAGCAUCCUCACAGUAGACACGGAGACACAAACGUGUGUGCCUGAUACGUUUCCUAUUUCUGAGAGUUAUACAUACAGCGUCGAGAAACAAGCAUCAGAAGGCACGCUGAAUGACGAUAAGUAUCAAAGCAAAGAUAAACUUCAAUCGAAUCUCGCAACCCAUACGGUCUUUUAUGAGAUCAACGAGAAUGGCAACAGGAUUCGUCAUCACAUGAACGGCGAUUACGUCAAGUACGCUUCGCAAGUUCCGUGUAUCAAAGACAAGUUUGUUGGUAGGGCUAGUAGGAACGGGCAGGAUUAUACGAUGGAGGAAGACGGUGUCAUUACAAGAGCCAGUUUGAAUAAAAAAAACUUGUCCCAGAAUCACGAAAACAAACAUUCGUCAUCGUUUUCAAGAUUAAACGAUCUUAAUAGAAUAAAUGUCGACAAGGCGUCGAAACCGCUCAGGGCCAACAAGUGUGAUUCUCCAAUCGAUAGAUCUGCGAAGCAUUGGAGUGACAAAAACUUCUUCGGACAUUUCGAUACCGGCAAUUUGAUACGUGCGGAUAAUCGGUUCUCCGAUAAGGAGCAGACGCACAUUGAUAUUAUUAACGAUAGGCUAUGGAAGAACAAGUGGACGAAGUCGACAUCCGAAAUAGACCCUUUGAGGGAGAAUAAGAACAAAGCGAAUCGCGAUAUCGAACUCGAUAUUAUCAACGAUCGCGAUUGGAAGAAUGACAGGUCAGCGGAGCGACUAGAUAUGCAGAAUGCCGCGCAAUUUACUGUGAUCGAGGUCAAGAGUCCAGACAACAACGUAGCGAAUCACAACGACGGCAGUCAGACUGAGGUAACGACCAGUCCGAGUUUCAGCAGCGACAGCAUGGUCAUCUCUAGUUCCGAUCCGUCUAGCAGUUGCAGCGACGUUGCGCAAUCGCUGACCGGUGGUGCCUUCAAUUCGAGCGCCAAGUCCAACUUGAGUCAGAAUCGCGUGACUGGUCCGCGGAAUUGUCUGGUCCGCGUCACGCCAGGUUCCAAAAAUAUUCUGCUGGACAACGCUGGCCAUUAUAAGAUGUACAGCAGUAACGGUGGCAGUAAUGGCAAAAUUAGCACCGUCUUGGUGCACGCGAAAAAGACAUCUCGAGCCGGUUCCGAGGGUUCGACUUCGACUGGUAGCGACGAUAAUUCGCCACCGCCGGUGUUACUGCAGGACAAUCAAUUGCAACGAGUGGCCGAAUGGGUGCAAUCAUCGAUGUGCGUGGAGAAUUCCGCGUCGCAUGAUAGCAAUAAGAUCAAGUGUGUGGAGAACACUGUGAGCGACAAUUCAUCAUCCGUGUAUCCGAACGAUUCUGUUGCAAAGCGCAAAUCCUCGGAGCAAGACGGAGAUUUGAUUCGCAAUAUUCGAGAUGUGCCGAAGAACAUUGAGGAUUAUAACGAAAGAGAUGUAAAUAAUGAACCCAUUGAUAUUAAUAUCUUAUCUGAGCACAUAGACGAGAGUAAAAAUCUCAUAACAUUUGAGGACGACCAUUUGCUGAAGGAUUUUCGCAAGGAUUUAGAUUACGAGGUAAAAGUCACGAAAGAAAUGGAGGAGACGUAUCUGAAACUAGCGGCGAGUCUGGAUCCGGUAACAUUGAGCUUGUCAAGUACCAACAAUGCCGAAUUAACGAUUGAAAAAUACAGGAAGGAUCAUAAGAGGCUUCACAUGCUGCGAGUUCAAGAUAAGGCGGGAUCAAAAGCUUAACGUGUAUCUCAGCGAAUUCUUCGAAGACAAUUGACUAUAUCAAGCAGGGAGUUCCUUUAAAGAUAUAACAGAGCAUUAUUUUUUGUAACUAUAUUGAAGUAAGGUUGUACCACACACACACACA